AUGGACGACGACGGCCUCGGCUGCUGCUGCGGCUGCUGCCUCCUGUGCUGCGCCUGCGCCGCCGACGUCGUAUGCAACUGGUGCACCUUCCUCAUCGCGCUGGCGGCCGCCGCGGUGCUGGUCGCCGCCUUCGGCGUCGCGCUCCCCGUCCGCGCCACCGUCACCGACGCCUCGCUGGCCCGCCUCGACCUCGUCGUCGUCACCAGCAACAGCUCCGCCGCCGACGCCGACGCCGCGCCCGUCGUCUCCGUCGCCUACAACCUCUCGCUCACCGUCCAGCUCCGCAACCGCAACUGGGCGAUGCGCAUCGAGCUGGCCGCGCCGCUCGACGCCGAGCUCCGCUUCGCGGGGCGGCGCUUCUUCGACGGCGCCCGCCUGGCGGACGCGGGCACGAGCGUCCCGCCGCGGGGCACGGAGGAGUUCCGCGUGCUGGCCGCGUCGUCGUCGUCGUCGUCGCCUGGCGGGGCUGUGCCGCUCGGGGGCGCCGGCGCCGCGGCGGAGCUCGCGAGGGAGCGCGCCGAGGGGGUGUUCGAGGUGGAGCUGCGGAUCGCCGGGGAGGUCAGGUACCGCCCCGUGCACGCCGGCCGGAGCAGCAGGCUGGAGGCGACGUGCCCGCUCAAGUUGCUCAUGCCGAACGCGCCGCGGGGGACGCACUUGGUGGUGGUGCAGAAGGACGUCAGCUGCUAUUAG